AUGGGCAACACUACCGAAUCUCCCAACAACAUGGAGUUUACGGCAGAUCAACUGCCUCAAGACCCGUUUCUUCCCGGGGUAGAUUUCCAAGGGCCCGUCUUCCUCGAUACCGAAGCAUGCCUCUGCGCCCUUCGGCCAGCUCAGCUCGGCCAGAGCAAAAAAGCCGUGGCAUGGCAAUGCGUGGGGGAACAGAGCAGAGCGUACAGCACCCUCGACGGCAAAUGGUUUCCAACAAGAGCAAAUAGCACCGUAAACGUGACAGCCUUGUUCAGCGACGCGACCAGUCCGCCCGACACGGAUAAGCCCAUGUUUUACGACGGCAACGCCAGCUUGGUCGAUCUGAAAGACGCCGAAACUCUUGGCGUCUACAACGCUGCUUGCACUGGCAAGAAUGACACGAGAUUCUCACAAUCUAUUUACGAAACCAAUGUCCAGCUUGCCGAAAAGAAGUAUCCCACAUCGGGCGUUCCCUGUUUCCAGCCCGGCGCAAUCCCGCUCAAGAUCCAGUAUGCGGAUUCCUGGCUGAAGAACGGUUGUUCUGAAGGCUUUCUGUGUGAGAACAAUACUCUCAACUCGCUUCCUGUCUUCUGCCCGCCUGUCAAGGAAUGCCUCGAGGGGAGGCUCGCGGGCUCCAUCUGCAAGCUGGACGGCAAGAAUAUCCCCAUGGGCUACUUUGAGCCCAUCGUUUGCCAGGAAGGCUGGUACUGCCCUCCUGACAAGCAUGGCAAGGAGACGCUGCCGUGUCCCGCCGGCCACUACUGCCAGCCCGGCGCCGCGACGCCAACUCCCUGCGCGAUGGGAAGCAUGUGUCCCGAGGGCUCGCGAAAGGAAACGUACUAUAUCCCUCUGGCCCUCAUGAUUAUCCUGGAUCUCCUGCUUGUCCUCGGCGUUUUGCUGGUGCGGUUCCGCUCGCGCUUGCACGCCUCGUCCAGGGCCCGGGGCGUCGCUUUCUUGGACAGGACCAGGGGCGGCAGCAGCGGGCUCCAGGCCGCCAUGGGCAAGUACGAGCGUCUCGGCGGUGACAACGAGAACGAGGCCGGACAGCGCGAGAUGACGCCCCUGGGAUCGCCGAGCGUGCCCGGGCGCGACGGCUUCAGCGGGUUCCAGGCCGUCUUUGCCAUGCCGGCGCGAGCCGGCGCGGCCGCGUGCCAGCCCGCCAACGCGGUCGAGCUGAACCCGCAGCUCAAGGCGUUUGUCGACUCGAUGCGGCGGGCCACGGACGCGCAGGACUUUGGGCUCUCGUUUGGGUACAACGGCCUGAGCUUCCACCCCAAGGGCAGUCCGCGCCCGAUCCUGCAAAACGUCACCGGGUCCAUCGACGUCGGCUCGCUCGUGGCCGUCAUGGGCGGCUCGGGCGCCGGCAAGUCCACCUUUGUCAACGUGCUGAUGGGCAAGACCACGCACACCGGCGGCAUGGUCACCAUCAACGGCCUGCCCAGCAAGGUCUCCCGCUACAAGAAGCUCAUCGGCUACGUGCCGCAGGACGACAUUGUCCUGCCCGAGCUCACGGUCUUUGAAAACAUUUUGCACGCGGCCAGGAUCCGGCUGCCGCGCAGCUGGAAGGACCACGAUAUCCGGUCGCAUGUCGAAUGCGUCAUUGACUGUCUCGAGCUCUCCCACGUCCAAGACUCACGCGUCGGCAGCAUCGGAAAGCCCAUCCUCUCGGGCGGCCAGCGGAAGCGAGUGAGCAUCGGCAUGGAGCUUGCCGCGGCGCCCAUGGCCAUUUUCCUCGACGAGCCGACGAGCGGUCUCGAUUCCACGGCUGCUUCCUCCAUCAUGGGAACGCUGAAAGCCCUGGCUCGCCUUGGCAUCUCCGUCAUUACCAUUAUCCACCAGCCUCGCGUGGAAAUCUUUGAGCUGCUGGACAAUCUGGUUCUCCUGGCCAACGGCCAGAUCAUCUACGAGGGCACGCAAGCCGGUGCCAGCCAGUAUUUUGAAAGCAUGGGGUUCCAUUUCCCGCCACACAGCAACCAUGCCGACGUCAUUACCGACAUCAUCACCGGCAACGGCCGCGACUACAACAAGGGCGGCUCUGUUUCCAAAGACGCAUUGAUUGCUCAGUGGGCGCGCCACAUGGCGACUCUGCCAGAGCACCAGCGCAACAGCAAGAUGUCGUCCGUGUACAACAAAAAGUCCAUCCGGCAGGUCCUUGUCCAGCGCGGCGCUCCACGUUGGAAGCAGAUGUGGCUGUGCCUGUCCAGGGCCAUGACGCAGCAAUACCGUAUGAAAGGCGCCUUCAUCGCCGAGAUGGGCCUGGCGGGCUUGGCUGGACUGUUACUCGGGCUGGCCAUGAACUCGAGAAACGGCGUCCUGUUUCGAGGGCUCUACAACUCUCCUUUCGAGCAGCUCUCCGUCGCUACCGAUUUCGUUUCGGCGCCACAGCUCGCUCUGCUCAUCGCCAUUGCCAUUGGCCUUGUAUCCGGCGCGCCCGGUGUCAAGACCUUUUCGGAAGAGCUGCAGCUUCACAAGCGGGAGGCCGAGGCUGGGCACUCCCGCAUCGCAUACUUCAUCGCCAAGAACCUCUGCGUCUUUCCGCGCAUGUUUCUUGGCUGCUUGCACUUUACCACGCCGCUCAUGCUGCUCGCGACGCCCAUCAUCCCGUGGGGCAUUGCGUUUCUGGCCAACGUCUUUUACUUUUACUGCAUCUACGGCCUCGCCAGCUGCAUCAGCAUGGUUGUCCGCCGGGAAGACGCCCCUCUGCUGGCCACCAUGAUGAGCCUGAUUGUGGGCAUCCUGUCAGGGUCGGCGCCGCCGCUCUCGAGCGCCAAAAAGUGGCACAUGGAAUGGCUUUGGCGUGCUUCGCCCGGUACCUGGCUCGCAGAGCUGUAUUUCGCCCAGCUGGUGGAGCCCUUGCGGUAUCUGUACAGUGUUGAUCUGGCUUCAAAGGCGACGGGCUUUCACUUGAGCUUCCUGUGGCGAAACAUGGCCAUUCUGGUUGGUAUCGGGACAGUGUAUCGCGUCGUGGCAUAUGUUGGUCUAGUGUUUGGCCACCGACUGAGGCGAUGA